AAGAGAUCCCCCUCUCUCAUCGACCAUGCCCAAUCACCUCGAACAAGGUAGUGUCCAAAAUUCAAUCAAACCCCCGAACAGCCCAACCCGCGUAUAAAUAGUGGUCGACAGCUACCAGUUUGUCAGAAGUCAGUAGUUGUUCCAUCAUCAAACAAGCAGAAUGGCGUUCAAGUUUGUAGUGCUCGCAGCUUUCAUCGCGGUGGCGAGCGCCGGUGGUCCGGCGGCAUACGACAUCGGCACCCUAUCCGCAGACCUGAGCAGCAUCGGCUACAGCCAGGAAUCCACGCAGAAGGGCUAUGCCGGUCAGAACGUCGUGUCCUCGUACAGCCGCGCCGAGGACUCCGCGCACUCGUCCGUACGUGUGAGCAACAGCCACGUGAGCAACGACGCCCUUCUGGAGCACCACACCAUCGAUUACGCGCCGACCUUGCUCACCAAGACUUACGCCGCGCCAGCUUUGGCCAAGCCUCUGCUCGCCUCGCCGCCCAUCAUCACCAAAGCCGCUUAUGCCGCCCCGGCCUUGGCAACCACCUACGCCGCCGCUCAUCCCGCUCCGUUGAUCGCCAAGUCCUACGGAUACGCCGCGCCCGCUUACGGAUACGCCGCUCAGCCGAUCCUGGCAGCCAAGGCAGCUUACGCCGCGGCGCCCGCUUACGGAUACGCCGCUCAGCCGAUCCUGGCAGCCAAGGCAGCUUACGCCGCGGCGCCCGCUUACAGCUACUCCAGCCCCAUCCUGACCAAGAGCUACGCUGCACCGCUCAUCGCCAAACCCGCCGCGUACACGACCUACGCCGCGCCAGCAGCACCCUUGUUCGCCAAGACCGCCGCGUACACGACCUACGCCGCGCCGGCAGCUCCCUUGCUCGCCAAGACCGCGUACACGACUUACACCGCACCGGCGGCAGCUUCCUUAUACGCUAAAUCCGCAUACGCCGUUGCGCCCGCUACUUAUGCCGCCGCUGCACCGAUCCUGAAAACCUAUGCCGCUCCGGUCGUGGCAAAGACCGCGAUCGCAGCCGCACCAGCUCUCGCGUACACCGCUCAUGCCGCUCCGUUAGUCGCCAAGACUUACGCAGCUCCCUAUGCGUACGACGCUGCCGCACCCGUAGUGCACGCGACCUUCACUGGCUUGGGCACUAGCUACUCUUGGUAAAUUAAAAAAAAAAAAACGAAUCCUCUUAUCUCAAAAGUCAUUCAAGCUGCAGCGAGGUUCUGCGAUGUCAUCGUCUUCCUUUUGGUAUAUGCGCAAGAUAUUUUUUGAUUUUUUAGAAGUGUGUAUAAUAUGCGUAUUUUAUAGUGAUAUUUUUAUAUUUAUACCUCAGUCUGUCUACGCGUAUAUAUACUCUAGCAUGGAACCCCGAAUACAUGAAACAUAUUUCAAAAUCCUCAAAUUACAUGAAACAUAUUUUGUAAUAGAAGAAUUUUUGUAAUAGUAAAAGUAUACGUUGCGCAGAUAGUAGUAGAAAUAUUUUUACUAUAUAUUUGGCGACAAUACGAAUAAAACAAAUUUGUUAUCACGA